UUAACACACAUAAAUCCUAUAAAUAACUCAACGAUACAAAAUGCCCCCUCUUCCCUUCAAGCUCCCUCACAAUCCGCUCUCUUCUCAGUAAAUCUCAAAACCCUAACAACUAACCCUAGUAUCCAUGCAGCCCUGCAGCAGAGAAAUGCAAGCCAUGGCCUCCGCCCUCAACGGCGCCACUCUCCAGGACAACCAGAUCCAAAACCCUAACCCUAACCCUAGCCUCCACGUCCACGACGACUUCCUCGAUCAGAUGCUCUCCUCCCUCCCCUCCACGUGGCCCGAUCUCGACGGCUCCAACCCUCGCCUCCGCCGCCGCCGCGGAGAGCUGCUCCUUACGACGAAGUCCACUCUUCUCGCGUCGAGGUGCGACAGCACCAGGAUCAGCGGGGAACGGACGGACCUCCCCGGCGCGAAGACGCCCGCGAAUGUUCCAGCUGGACAUCAGCAGCAGCAGGCAGAUGAUCGUGAAUUCUAUGGGGAGCAUCGUCGCGAUGCGGCGGCUGAGCUGAGUCCGGGAGGGGAUGGUUUGUUCAACGGUUUCUCUGGAUCGAUGCAGCGGGCUGCGGGGAAUCAGCAGCAGCAGCAGCAUUUUCAUCAGGCUCAGAGGGUGAGGGCGAGGAGAGGUCAGGCCACGGAUCCGCAUAGUAUCGCCGAACGACUGCGGAGGGAGAGAAUCGCAGAGAGAAUGAAAGCUCUGCAAGAACUGGUACCCAACGCCAACAAGACUGACAAGGCCUCGAUGCUGGAUGAGAUCAUCGACUAUGUAAAGUUCCUGCAGCUCCAAGUCAAGGUUCUUAGCAUGAGCAGAUUAGGCGGAGCUGCCGCUGUCGCCCCUCUGGUUGCCGAUAUCUCCUCAGAGGUUCCCUCUUCCCCCUUCCCCUUCUCUCCCUCUCUUUAUUAAUUAUUAAUUAUUAAUUAACUAAUAAAGCAUAAUCUUGAGUUAAUUAGAUUUAACAACCUAAUUAAGUGAUAGAAAAGCCAAGUCUAAAGCUAAUGUCCAGGUGUGUGUUAGGCUAAUUUCUAAGAUUUUUUCUCGAUCAGUAGUUGUUAAUGAUGUGUUUGGUUAAUAAUGGUCAGAACAAGAAAGUACGUUUAGAAAUGUAAUGUUCCAACACACAGACUAGUGAAAAAUGAAGCUCUAGUUUUUUUUUUCGUUUUUUUUAGUAUUUGCAACAGCUUUUUUAUGUUGCCAUCCUAAUAAAAAUUAUAUAUUGAGAUUUACUCGUAGCCCGUGAAUAUAAUUGUAAUUGUAGCUGUAGAAAAAGUCUCUAGCUAGUGUCUGAGCUAUGCAUGAUAUACGGGAUAACUCCUGACGUAAUAUGGAAUUACGUCUCCCUCUAGUCCACUAAUUACCGAUUUAACAAAAAAGCCCACGCAACUUCAACACAUUC